UUUCUCCCCUCUCCUCCCCCUGCACACAGAAGUUCCUUAUUCUCCUCAGCCUCCCGCUCUGCCACCAGCUGUCAUCUCAGCAGCCAGUCAGAGCCAUGGGCAGCUGGGAGUCCCAUCUCUAUGAACAGCCUUCUGAGAAACUGGAGGAGUUUAUCCAGAACCACCUGAGGCCUUUUGAAGACUGUCAGAAGGACAUCGACCAGUCAGUGGACACCAUCUGUGAAGUCCUGCAGGAACCCUGCCCGUCCCUCACUGUGACAGGGGUGGCCAAAGGUGGCUCCUAUGGCCGGAGAACGGUCUUAAGAGGCAACUCCGAUGGUACGCUUGUCGUCUUCUUUGGGGACCUUGAGCAAUUCCAGGACCAGGAAAAAAGACAAUAUGAACUCCUUGGCAAAAUCUGGGCACAGAUGAAGCACUGUGAGUCCACGCUGAAACUGGCAGCCAAGAUGGAGCUCCAGAACACCAAUAGGAGCUCCAGGGUCAUGGUCCAGCUUUCCACAAAGCAGCAGAGCAUCACUUUCAACGUGCUGCCUGCCUUCAAUGCUCUGGGCUUAAGUGAGAAGUCUAGCCUCUGGAGCUAUCGAGAACUCAAAAGAUCCUUGGAUAUGGUGAGAGCCAGGCCUGGUGAGUUCUCAGUCUGCUUCACUGAACUCCAGGAGAAGUUUUUUAGCAACUAUCCCAGCAAACUAAAGGAUUUGAUCCUCUUGGUAAAGCACUGGUUUCAAAAGUGCCAGGAAAAGCUGAUCAAUUCCUCCCUGCUGCCUCCAUAUGCACUGGAGCUGCUUACGAUCUACGCCUGGGAACAGGGGUGUGGAGCGGAGGACUUUGAUAUGGCUGAAGGUGUCAGGACUGUUCUGAGGCUCAUCGAGAAGCAGGAGCAGCUGUGUGUCUAUUGGACAGUCAACUACAACUUUGGAGAUGAGACCGUCCGCAACAUCCUGCUGAGCCAGCUCCAAGCCCCGAGGCCAGUAAUCUUGGAUCCAACUGACCCAACCAAUAAUGUGAGCACGGGUAACACCUGCUGGCUACAACUAAAACACGAAGCUCAAAACUGGUUGCGUUCUCUGAGGCAGAACGAGUCACCUGGACCAUCUUGGAAUGUUCUGCCUGCACCACUCUACAUAACCCCAGGCCAUCUGCUAGAUAAGUUCGUCAAGGACUUUCUCCAGCCCAACCAGACUUUCCAAGACCAGAUCAAGAAAGCUCUUAAAAUCAUCUGUUCAUUCCUUGAAAAAAAUUGCUUUCGACAUUCAACUACAAAGAUUCAAGUUAUCCAGGGGGGGUCGACUGCAAAAGGCACGGCUCUGAAGACUGGCUCUGAUGCCAACCUCGUAGUGUUUGCAAACUCUCUGCAAAGCUACACCUCCCCAAAAAAUGAGAGAUGCAACAUCAUCAAGGAAAUCCAUGAGCAGCUGGAAGCCUGUCAGCAGGAGAAGGAUUUUGAAGUGAAGUUUGAGAUUUCAAAAUGGAAGCCUCCCUGGGUGCUAAGCUUCACUCUGAAAUCCAAAGUCCUCAAUGAAAGUGUUGACUUUGAUGUGCUGCCUGCAUUUAAUGCCCUGGGUGAACUGAAGUCUGGCUGCACACCCAGCCCCAGGACCUAUACUGAACUCAUCCAUUUGUACAAACCUGAUGUCUUCCUGGAGGGAGAAUUUUCUGCGUGUUUCACGAAGCUACAGCGCAAUUUUGUUCGCUCCCUGCCCCCGAAACUGAAGGAUUUAAUCCGCCUGCUGAAGCACUGGUACAAAGGGUGUGAAAACAAACUGAAGCAAAAGGGGUCUCUGCCCCCUAAGUAUGCGUUGGAGCUGCUCACCAUCUACGCCUGGGAGAAGGGGAGCGGGGCACAGGAUUUUGACAUGGCUGAAGGUUUCCGGACGGUCCUGGAGUUGGUCAUACAAUAUCAGCAUCUCUGUGUCUUCUGGACGGUCAACUACAAUUUUGAUGAUGAGAUUCUGAGGAACUUCCUCCUGACCCAGAUCCAGAGAACCAGGCCUGUGAUCUUGGACCCAGCCGAUCCUACCGGCGACGUGGGUGGAGGGGACCGUUGGUGCUGGCAUCUUCUAGCGAAAGAAGCCACUGAAUGGUUGUCUUCUCUCUGCUUCAAAGAUAAGUCGGGAUGUCCCAUACAACCAUGGAACGUGCCAAAAAAAGUCAUCUAAAGGAAGUGUCGUCUGGAGAUUACCCUGGGAUGGGCUUCCAUCCAAGAGCUUCCUCUGCUCUAGGAAGUUGAGAUUCACUCAGCCACACAUUACAGAUAGCCCAACUCAGGUGCUUAAACAGUUGGGGUUUUUUUGGUCCCAUUUGAUGACGUCCUAAGGCGGGCAAUACAGGACUCACUCAACAGCUCCAUCAGGCUUUCCCCAGGAGCAGAUUGUCUCCACCGUGACAGUUGGUAUUCGGGCCUGGAUAGUUUUUCACCGUGUAAGCCGUGUAAGACGUUGAGCAGCAGCCCCUGGUUCCCUACCCAGGAGAUGCAGGUGCACCACCCCCAAGGGCAAUAGUCAAAAAUGUCUCCAGUGAUUCCCCUAUUAAGAAUCCACCUUGCAGUGCAGGGCAUGUGGGUUCGAUCCCUGGUCAGGGAACUAAGAUCCCACGUGCUGCGAGACAACCAGGUUCACACCUUCUGGAGCCCAUACAACACAACUGGAGAGCCUGUGUGCCAUGACGAAAAAGACCCGUCACAGCCAAAUAAGUAAAUCAGUUCUUUUAAAAAAAAUGUCUCCAGAGAUGGCCGAGUGUCACCCGGGGCACGCUCAUCCCUAGCUCCUUCUGGCCCCGCCCUCUGGAGUUGUCUAGCUGAGUCUUCCUGCCACUGAGAGUAGCUGUUGCACCCCUGCAUGGCGGGCUCACCAUCAGGCUGGAGGGACAGAAAAGUGGAGGACACCUACCCACAGGGCGUCUUAUUCGAAGCCUCAUCCAGCAACGUCUUAUGUUUCGUUACCCAGAACUGUUGUCAUGCGUUGCUUGCAGCUUAAAGUGACUCCAUAAAGGGGGGGCAGUGAAGACAGCCGUGGGUGGGGUUGGGUCAGUCAACCCAGAGUGCCUACCACACCUGUUCAAAGCUCCACCUGCUUCCAAGAUACCGGCCCCAGGUACACUUGAUUCUCCCAUCAGUUUCUCUGUCAGCAAGUACCCCCAGAUUGUCCCUGGUUAUCAUCACCUCCUCAGAUACACUUCCUUCUUUCUUUUUCCUGUGUCUUUUCACCAGUGGUUCUGACUGCUUGGAUAUGUUUCAUUCCUGCACAUAUAUUUCCUUCUUUCUUUCAAGAGAGUGCAGACACCAGGAAGUUGUGGAGCAGGGAUGUAUUCUAUGGUCAAUGAGAUGCACUUGCUCAGAAGUCAUAGAUUCCUGGACUAGUAAUGCUGGGAGAAACUUCUAGAGGCCAUCACGCAAUAACUUUUUAAAGAAUCAGUUCAUGGUAUAGAAGAGUAACACAUGCCUCCCUUGACGGGCCCCAUUACCUCUUCCCAAGCUUCUUCAACUCCUCUUGAAAUCAUCACCUCCACGUCCUCUGAAACGUCUUGCCUUACCUCGCUGCAAUCGCGUUCCGUGUGUGACCUCUGUUAUUAACAUCUGCUCUCAUCCAGCUUUACGUGCGCCAUAUUUGUGAACCCUUCUGUAUUUUUCCAAUUAACUCCUUCUUUCUCCUUUAAGUCUUAGAGGAGGGGUCUCUUCCCAGGGUGAAACCCUUUUCCUGGCCCUCGGUUCCUGUGAUUCUGUCAUCUCGCUCUCAGACUCCUCCACCUCGCCUGCCUCCUGUCUCUUCCCAUGGGGCCCUGCCAAAUCAAGGUCUCCUAAGCCAGUAGUGAGCCGGGCUCUGCUUACAACUGCACACUCUCCACAGGCUUGGAUUGUGACUGUUGAGAUAGACAUAUUUAGAUGGACAUCAGCAGUUGUUUAAAGCAGAUAGGCAUGUACAUGUAUUACGUAUGUAUGACUGUUGUCAUUUCCUUCUGAGCCUACCAUUUCCCCCCCAUCCGUGAGCUGCUUCUUGCCAAAUCUAAAGGUUUUCUCCUCUGGCUUUGGCUUUCAAGACACUUGGAAGUCUAAAGGUGUUAACUUCAUAUAUCCACUUAAUGUUUGAUUACUACCACAUAUACCAACUGUCAGAUACACAAGAAUAGAUCUGGUCUUUGUCACCAGUUCCUGGCAAAGAGCUUCAGAAACCCUUGAAACUUCCUGAUUUGGGCUGUCUUUUGUAUUCUGAGGAGCCCCUUCCAACCCUCCCUGUGUUAUGCUAACGAGGUGUGGGUCCUUAGUUUCAAAGGAUGGAUUGGCCAUGCCUGAAAUGCCAAGCAUGUGAUGAGUGUUGAAACGGUCAGCCCCACCCACUACCAACCUUCCAAGAGGACAGGAGGGCUGGAGAUCGAAGCCAAGCACAUGGACAGUGAUUUAAUCAACUGUACCUUGUAAUGAAACCCUAAAUAAAACUCUGGACAACAAGG